AUGUUCCUCAAAGCAGAAUUGGUAAAUAUAAAGAUUAAAUUAGAUUCUAAGAUCAGUAAGCUUGAGCAUCUAAAAUCAGAAAAUAUUUCAAUAUCUGUAAUUGGUGGAGAUAGUGAAAAAAAUAUAUCAAAGUCUAGACCCAAAGGGUCAUUGCUUUGCAAUAAUAAUAUCUCUGCAGUUAGUGAAACUAGCAAAAAUCUUAGUCAAUAUUUUGCACACAGAAAAAUUAUGAACAAAGUCGAAAAAAUUAGCACUAAUAUACUGACUCAUGCCAAUGAUAAAAUUGUUCCAAUAUUAGAAUCUUCAAAAAUCGAUACUGAGAUAAAGAAUGUAACUCUGAUUAGAUCUUAUAAUAUUACAAUAAGAAGAAGUAAGAAAUUACCUAUUAUAGUAUUAGGUGCUAGCACAGUUAAUAAGUAUCAAACUACUCCUAUUAAUUUAUAUGAAGAUGUUUCUAAAAUUAUUCAUAGAUAUACAGAUGAUGUAAAAAAUGCAUUAAUGCUAAAGUUUGAUACUUCACUAGAUUUGCAAAAAGAGAUAGAAUUACAGCAAAAAUGCAAGAUAAAAAAUAUAUUACUUGCUGAACCCACUUUAUAG